GGUCAGUGUGAGGUACAUGGAUCCGGCAAAUAGUGAGAUGUCAAGUGAGCUGCUUCAAGCUCAAGCUCAUGUCUGGAACCACAUAUUCAAUUUUGUCAACUCCAUGUCACUGAAAUGUGCUAUUCAACUAGGCAUCCCAGACAUCAUCCACAACCAUGGCAAGGCCAUGACUCUUCCUGAGCUGGUUGCUAAGCUCCCAGUCCACCCAAAAAAGACCCAGUACGUGUACCGUCUCAUGCGUGUUCUUGUUCAAUCUGACUUCUUCGCUGCGCAAAGAGCCCAACAGAGUGAGGAAGAAGAGGGGUAUGUGCUUACGCAUGCCUCUCGGCUCCUCCUAAAGGAUGACUCCUUGAGCGUAAGGCCCUUCUUGCUUGCCAUGCUCGACCCAACGUUAACUAAACCAUGGCAUUAUGUGAGUGCUUGGUUUCAAAACGAUGAUCCCACUCCGUUUGACACUGCUCACGAGCGGACAUUAUGGGAUUAUGCUGGCCAUGAACCUCAGCUCAACUAUUUCUUCAACGAAGCCAUGGCUAGUGAUGCUCGCUUAGUCACUAGCGUGCUGGUUAAGGAGGGCAAGGGCGUAUUUGAAGGGUUGAAUUCAUUAGUUGAUGUAGGGGGUGGCACGGGAACAGUGGCUAAGGCCAUUGCCAACGCUUUCCCACACUUGAACUGCACUGUGUUAGAUCUCCCCCAUGUGGUUGCUGGCUUGCAAGGGAGCAAGAACUUGAACUGCACCGUGUUAGAUCUCCCCCAUGUGGUUGCUGGCUUGCAAACGAGCAAGAACUUGAACUACUUCGCAGGGGAUAUGUUUGAGGCAAUUCCUCCUGCAGAUGCAAUUUUACUCAAGUGGAUAUUGCAUGACUGGAGCGAUGAGGAAUGCGUGAAAAUACUAAAGCGAUGCAGGGAAGCAAUUCCGAGCAAGGAAAAGGGAGGAAAGGUGAUUAUCAUAGACAUGAUGAUGAAGAACCAGAAAGAAGACUGCAAGUCCAGGGAAACACAGCUGUUCUUCGAUAUGCUGAUGAUGGUUUUGGUCACGGGUAAAGAGAGGGAGGAGAAAGAAUGGGAGAAGCUUUUCUUGGAUGCUGGUUUCAGUCACUACAAGAUAACACCCAUUUUGGGUUUGAGGUCGCUCAUCGAGGUUUAUCCUUGAUGUUGUAAUUGCAGCUAAUAUGGAAAAUCUAAGGGGAUGGAAUUAAUAAAAUCUGCUGAAAAAGAUAAAAAUUAAUUAGGGUGGUUCUAUUAUUUGGGCAGAAGAAAUCUAUGUUGUAUGAAUUUCAGUUAUAAUAUUUGUCAAGCUAUGAAUUUCUUCAUACAAUAGAUAUGUCAGACUUCCAAUACUGCAUGUCAUUU